AUGUUUUAUCCGUCGACAACACAAAACGUCUUUCCAAUCCCACAAACAUCGAUUGGCGCACUAGUUGUCUACUGCGCCAUAUUUGUCGUGCUUGUCCUUCAAUUUAUAUAUACUUUAAUUAAGUCCACACAACGAUAUGGGUAUAUUAGACUGACAAUAACACGGGCUACAUACUUUGCACUUUCUAUGAUAUACAUCGUUGGUAUCAUCUUCGCGUUUUCAUUGGAAUGGAACACUCCACGACAAUCGUGUUUUCUAUAUGUCAUUGAACGAAUAAAUGAAUCCAUGGGGUGUUACUUGUUUAUAUCUGGAUUCACUGUUUGGUUACUUGACUAUUACGACUUUCGAUCGGGAGGGUAUGGAGCUGUUAUGCGUCAUAGAUUUCUCAUUCCAGUAGUGAUGUAUUCGAUAAACACUGUUCUGUUAAUUUCCGUGUUUAUUCAAGUCUUGUAUUAUAUCACCCUUCCUGGAGAGUGUGAUCCAACAAUACCAAGUCGAAGUGCUGUUUAUCUAUCAAUUCCAUUGUGUAUUACUGCUCAGGAAAUGGCUUUAUUAAUUGGGUUCAGUGGAGUCGGAGUCUGGGUGAUAUACUCCAACAGAAAUUUGAAAGUGAGUUUUAAGAAUGAUACCCUAUACUUCGUGUAUUUCAUUCGAUUUGGAAUUGCACUUGUGUUACAUUUCAUUGUGAUGCUCAUCAAAUUCAUAUUCUCAUUUUUGCUCCUGUCUGGGUAUAACGGGACGAUUUUCUUCAUUUUUAACUACGUUGUGAGUGACGCUCUCAACUUCUUUGCUCUUUUCUUACUCACUACUUACACACUCUCUUCAGAGUAUUUUGGUACUAAAAGAAUCAAAUCAGACUCAGAAGAACUCCUCACACAUGAAAGAUAA